AUGCAAAAGUCAUUAUCUGUUAGCAUCCUACUACUAUUAAUUAUUGGAUAGGUUUAAUGUGGACUUUGGUCAACUAUUGUAGAGAGUACAGCAGUCUCUGGUGUAACAACAGCUACAAUUGCAAUAGGUGCUAAGGUGGGUUUAGCAGCAGCUGGAUUUUCAUCAGUAGGUCCUGUGGCAGGAAGCUUUGCUGCAGCAACCUAAGCAGGUAUUGGAAAUGUUGUUGCAGGGAGUCUUUUCUCUUUAGCAUAAGGUGCAGCAAUGACAGGCGUAGUAAGUGCAACUAUUGUUCCUGCAUCUAUUGUUGGAGCUGUUGUAGGAACUACCUAUUUGGUUGCUAAAAUUGUAUGAUUUUAUUAAUUGUCU